AUGUCGGUGAAUGAGACGGCAGUGGUAAAUGAAACACAGAGCGUGUCGUCCUGCUUUAAUUACGAAGUACUAAGGAUCGCUUACAUCGCUGCCUUUUUUCCGAUAUCUUUAGUUUCAUUGGUUGGAAACAUCUUUAUUGGAAUAAUUGUCUACAAGACGAAAUCCCCGAAAAAGCCAGUCAACUUUUUUAUUGCAAACAUGGCCAUGUCAGAUCUGCUGUAUCCGAUUUUCAUGCUUCCUCGUGAUGUAGCUUCAUUAUUCAUCAGCCGCUCCUGGUUGAUCAGCGGUCCUCUCGGCCAAGCAUUGUGUAAGCUGGUCUCCUUCUCAAUAGAAGUCUCCGUUCUUGUUUCAUCUCAGAGUCUGGUUCUUAUCGCAGUCGAUCGAUUUGGAACUGUAGUUUUUCCCCUCCGUUCCCCACUGAUCAGUUUAAACAAGUGCCGCUUCUUCAUUCUCGCCACUUGGAUCAUUGCCAUGGUUGUUAGGUGCCCGAUUCUGUUCUUCUUUGAGGUUUUAGAGUGUCCAGACGGUCUGAUAUGUAGGCCAUUGUGGUCUCCCUACUUCAAACACUAUACUGUGGCGAUGAUCGCCGUCGUCUUUUAUGUCCCAUUAGUUUUGAUCACCAUACUUUACCUUACCAUCGCUUUAACAAUCAAAUCUCAGAAAACUGCGGGCGAACAAUCAGUCAGCGGGAGAGAACAACGUUUAAAGAGAGCGAAAAUCGUUGGGAAGACCUCCAUUGCUAUCGUGUCAGCAUUUACAAUGGGCUGGCUGCCACUCAGUAUCUGGUGGUUGGUGUACUUCUAUUCAUCAGACAAAACAGUGAUAUGGUCUUGUGGAUUUCAUUAUUUCACGCAGAUUGUUCGAUUUUUGAUGUACUCAUACUGUGCUGUAAACCCCUGCAUCUGUUUUAUAUUCAUUGAACAUUACCGCCAGGGUCUUAAAAAUCUCCUCAGCUGUUUCUCUACGGCGCCCAGGGCGCCAUAA